AUGGUUGCUCUGGGGGACAGUUCGGCUCGUCGUCCCACACAACAAUCGAGUCAAGCCAAUCAUGUCUUGCCGAGAAGCGUGCCUGAUCCGAAUAGAGGCAGGAUCAUGGCACGGAUUGGAAGCUCGGGUCCAGCCAGCUCAACUUCCUGGCGCCCCUUUCUCCAAUACUCAUACUUCUUGACGAUGUUUGACAAUCUCGUGUCCCGAAUGAGCUUCCGGAAGAAGAGACCUAUUCUUGCUCAAGUCGACACUAAACCCAGUCCCCGCCCUACUCCGCCUGUAGAGACUCCCAAACAGGAGGAUUCAGUUGUUCAGGCUGAACCCAUAUCUUCUGCUCCUACAAGCAUAGCACCUUCUCUACCACCCUUGUCAGAUAGUCUGAGUCCUCUACCAAACUCACCAUUAGACUCUUCUAUUGAUGUCGAUCAUCUAGAGUUCUCUGCUACCCGCGAAUUAGUCCUUCUCUUGUCAGACGAAGAGUGGCUCUCUGCGGGAAAUAAGACACCCCAAAAGGACAUCCUAGCUUUCCCGGCCUUUGAACAUCUCUUGCACGAGCCCCAGACAUUCAAUCCGGGUCUACAGACUAAGCACCGUAGAGGCUCUACUCUUUCACGCCGCAUUGGAAGUGCAUUACUCUCAGGUAUUAACAAAAAGCAGCAGGUCCCAGAUAUGCCUCAAAACCAAAGCCUGCCGCGCCUCACCACUGAUCCAAAGGCCGCCCUCAAGAAAUCACGGUCUACGCCUAACUUUGUAGAAGCUGAACGCGUUUGAACAAGGACCUCUAAAUUAUGUUCCUAAAUUACCAUACUCAUUUACAUCCGUGUAUAUAAAUUAUCCAGCCUAUUAUUAUUACUAUUACUAUUAUUAUUAUCCUUAUCAUUAU